AUGGCUACGUGGGCAUAUCCUCCAUUACCUGCAGACCAGUUGAAGCAGGAAGAAGAGACGGCAUUGUCCAGAGAGCUUGAAUGGCUGCUUGCUUCUCUUCAAGAGUCACUGGCUGCCUUACGAGAUGGUCUACAAGAAUGCGCUGGUUUACUGGCGCCGAAAGAACCAGGGUCAACCCUGGUUGUUUCUUCGGUACGCUCGGAGGGUGUAAAGGGAUUUGUGACCAGGAUAGGCACGAGAAUCAUUAAAGGUGACAUUCAACUACGAUUAACGUCGCUUCCACCUCCGCGUGGCGCGCACAGUACUCGGCUCAGCGUCUCUAGUGUGCCAGGGGCACCCGAACUUGUAUUGGACCAGCUCGCUGCAGUCCGGAAUUUAGUAAACCAGGGCCUCGACGUGAUAGACGUCAGUACAUUUACUGGUGAUCCUCUUAAUGCGAGUUUUAUAUCUGGCCAACUACGCUUGCUCUAUGAACAUAUGUCAGAGGCAAAGUUGGCCCUCAAAGGAGGUGCAGAGACGUCAAAAUGGUGGGAGAAAAGCGCGGAUAGUCGUGUUUUUGACCCCCCAUUACCACCAUAUCUAUCCUUCCAUCUCACAAUAGUAGAUGCGGCAUUGGUACUACAUCUACGAACCCUAGAACCAAGCUCUGCGAAUCAAGCUUCAACGGCUUUUGGAUCAGAAAUUGGAUUUGCACUUCGAGACAGACUGUUUGGCCCUCGACUACCAUCACAUGAUGAACAAAACAACGUUUUUGAAUGGCAAGGUGAGGAAGUCAAGGUCAAAGAAAAGAUUCGCGUGGAAACCCAAGAUCCAAGUCUUAUUGCUGUGAUGGCUAAACUGAGCGCGCUAGAGCAUGAGGUCUUGAAAUGCAGAGCGUCAUUGAAGAUUGUUAUGGGGGAUGUUGAGGAAGAUAGUGACUUGGAAUGA